CUCUGACACCUGACGCUCAUCCCACAAUAGUGUUCCUGACCUCGGAUCUAUCCUCGCCAAGCAAACGAAGAUGUCCAUCUCCAACGAGGCGUUGCAAAAGCUCGUCCAAGAGAUUGAGACACAAGCAAUCCAGUCCCAGCAACAGAUCAGUCUCGUCCGGUCUCAAGUAGCUUCCAAGCAACGUGAAAUCCGGAUCCUCGAACUGACCUCCAAGGAGGUCGGGGACCUACCUUCAGGUACCAACAUCUACGAAGGCGUAGGCAAGAUGUUCGUCUUCAGCCCUACAAGCGAAGUCGACCAGAGGUUGAAGACAGAAACAUCGGACCUCAAAUCGGACGUGGAAAACUUAGGCAAGAAGCUCCAGUAUCUCGAGACGACCCACAAGAACAGCAGGGAGCAUAUCGAUCAGAUCUUCAACAGCGGAGGUCGUGCAUGAGGACAGAUCCGUCAAGGAGGAUUCCGGCCGUGGCGCCGUUCUCUUAACCCACACAUUUGGCAAUCCAUCAAGCGGCGAUGGGACAGGCCUCAGUAAAGCAGCACGAGAAGAGUGAGAUGCCAUAUUUAGAUGGGUGGCACGGGUUUCAUCAUGAUUCCAUCCAUCAUGUGCGCCGUCGGCAAUAUUUCCGUCCAGAGUUUUGGGGGCUGGAUGUGACUGACAGGGGUGGACUCAGCGUGAGGGCAGUAUGAGAAAAUGAACAAGUCGUCCAAUUCUACAAAAGCAUCGAGAUCGAGAUCG